CUGGAGGGAGGGGGCUGCGAACGCGCCUGGGUAGUGGUGGGGGCUGCCGGGGAAGGUGUCAUGGCUGCUGCCGCCACGGAGCUUAGUCGCCCGAACAGCAGUGACAGGAGCUCGGAGCGGAGCUGCAGCCCCAGCCUCUGCCGAGAGGCGCUCUGCGAAACCUUUCGCUCCUUGCGAACCCUGGCUGAACAACUUAACCUCAGAGAUGAUGUGGUGAAAAUUACGAUUGAUUGGAACAAGCUCCAGAGCCUCUCGGCAUUCCAGCCUGCAUUGCUCUUUAGUGCACUUGAGCAACACGUUUUAUAUUUACAGUUUGAACCCCAGCAGAUGGAAUUGUGUUCUUCUCAGCCCUUUUUAGCAAAACUUCAGCCUCUGAUUAAAGAGGAGAGUACAACUGCCGUUGAAGAGAUAGGAAAAACAGAAACGGGCAACGAGAAUCAAGUAAAUGCCACAUUUCCCGUUGGCGACCUGCAAGAGGAAGAAAAGCACAAGGAUUGUGAUUUAGGAGAUGUAAAAAAGACACAAAUUCAUUUCGAUCCCGAAGUAGUUCAAAUAAAGGCUGGAAAAGCAGAAAUUGACAGACGAAUAUCUGCAUUUAUUGAAAGAAAACAAGCUGAAAUCAAUGAAAACAACGUCAGGGAAUUUUGCAACGUUAUUGAUUGUAAUCAAGAAAAUAGUUGUGCAAGAACUGAUGCCAUUUUUACCCCUUACCCUGGAUUUAAAAGUCAUGUAAAGGUUUCUAGAGUUGUGAAUACUUAUGGACCACAGACGAGACCUGAAGGAGUUCAAGGGCCGGGUCAUAAACCUAACAGCAUGCUUCGAGAUUGUGGUAAUCAGGCUGUAGAAGAAAGACUGCAAAAUAUUGAGGCUCACUUGCGAUUGCAAACAGGUGGUCCGGUACCAAGAGACAUUUAUCAGAGAAUUAAAAAACUUGAGGAUAAAAUCCUUGAAUUGGAAGGCAUGUCUCCAGAAUAUUUUCAAUCUGUAAACUUUUCUGGAAAAAGAAGAAAAAUUCAGCCACCUCAAAACUAUUCACUGGCUGAACUUGAUGAGAAAAUUAGUGCCCUCAAACAAGCCCUGCUCAGAAAAUCAAGAGAAGCAGAAUCCAUGGCAACUCACCACCUUCCAUGAAAAACUCCUCUCAUCCUUGUCAUUUUAUCUUUUUUAUACAUGUGUAUAACUUACGCUGUAAUUAACUAAAGGGAUACAUAUUUAUCAGUGUAGACUUUCCUGUGAAGUCAAGGUUUAUUUUCAGAUGAGUCCAACUUGUAGCAAGUAACCUGCAAAUAUACCAGUGAGUUUAGAAAUAGUGAAUGCAUUGAAAAAAGCAUUUUUCCCCUUCUGUUAUAAAGGAGGUAUUUUGGAAAUUAAAAAACUUAAUUUGAAAGUACUUUUUUUUUUUUUUAAUGUGGAUCACAGGAAGGAAGAUUUAUUUUGGAUAAUGGUAGUGUUAUUUAAGAAGACUUUAUAUUUGUAACCAGCUUACCAAUUUAUUAGUUUAAAUCGUAUCUUGCAUAUAAUAGUCAUUCAAAAAAAUUAUUAGCUGAAAUGAAUUUUAAAUGCAAAAACUUUCUUUUUUUAAUAUUUCAAAUGUCAGACAAUUUUAAUGUAAAUAAACAAUGGAUCAUUUUGUACGUAGAUUCCAGUUUUACCCCUAUUGACUGACCUUGAGUAAGUUACUUAAUCUCCCUUUGUGCUUCAUUUUCCUUAUCUGUAAUGUGGGGAUGAUAAUAAUAGACGCUACUUCAUUGGUUAUUAUAAAGAAUAGGUGAGUUAAUACACUUACAGCUUUUGAAACACUGCCUGUUCCAGGGGAAGUGCUCAGUAAAUGUUAGCUGUAACUAUUGUAUAAAACCAGAUAUGUCUUUGGGCAGUAGUUAAGAUGUUACAAACAAAUUAUAGUGCCUCUCCUUUGAGAACCUUUUUCACAAUGCCCCAGUUAUGUUAGGCAGUAUGUGUACAUAUUGCCACAGUGGCAAUAUUAAUUGCAGCUACAGUUAUGUAGCAGAUUGUUCAUGAAGUAGCUGUUGAGGUCAAGAAUUAUUUGAUAGCAAAAAUCAGAAAUCCACUUAAAAUGAUUCUUAAAAGGAGCGUUGUUAAAAAGAAUCAGAAAUCUGGAACUUAAUUGCAGAAGUAUAGCUGAGCAUUAUGGAUCUAGAAAGUCAGCAGGCAGCUAAUCUUUUCUUUGUGUCUCUCUCUGUUUGACUGGCUCUGGAUCUGCUCCCUCUUUCUGUGUCUGGUUCUGUUCCGGUCCCCUCCUCCUUGUUCUCCCUCUCCCUCUUCCCUUCUUACAUGCACUCACCUAUGCAUUCCCUUUAUCUUUCUCUGUAAACUGGUUUCUCUUAACACCCCCCUCCCCCUGCCCCCCCACCAAAAGCCAAACCAGUUGCCUUCAAGUUGGUUCUGACUCAUGGCCUUUUCAUUUCUGCUUCCCCACGUUGGGUGUCCUGUCAACCUUGUAUAGCCUAUGUGUGUUUUUGCCUUUGAGCUUCCCUUGUACGGACUCUGAACCCUCUGUAAAACCUCACAACCGGUGACUACUGCUUACCUCAGUCUUCGUAUCUCUUAUUUCAAAUUCUUCAGAAAUUGAAACCGACUCUGGGCAGAAUGAUGAGGCAAGACCUCUUCACAGAAUAAUGCAAUGUACACCUUGCACAACUGUUUGUGGAAGCCUUGAAGAUAGGGUCACCUGGUAAAAUAUGGGGGGUUUGGAAUCACUUCGAAGAAGUGGAUGUGGUGUAGGUCAUUUCUACUAAUGUCUUACCACUAUAUUUCCUUUCUGCCCAGUAAACAUAUCCUUCAAGGUAGAAUUGCCCCAGUGUUCUAGUAUUAGGUAUAGCUACAAAUGCCCACUCACCAGGCAGUCUCCACCUAGUUGAGACAUGAUCACCAUCUUGCCAGAAUUAUGUCUCUAGAUAUAAUGACACAUUUUACUACCAGCACACCAGCAAUACAGUAGGAAAAACUGCAAUAAAAAUUACCAAUUAGAAAAGAAAGUUGGCUUGGAGGUAGGGAAGAAACCAUGAGUCUUUCCUAACUCCCUUGGCGGUAAAAUAAGCUUUUAAGUUAUGUCUGGCCAUCUUAUGAUCUGCCCAUUAGGAGGCUUUCCUUUUUUCUUUGUCCUUCAGACCUGCCCUUUUGAGGGACUCUAGAGAGGAGUCCUCCCUCCACUUUGGUAAGUACUUAACUGUCUGGUGCCAGCAUCCUUUUCAGUGAAGUCUGGAGCCUGCAGAAGAGGCCAGGACUCUACCAUGUUCGUAUGAGUUGAGCAUAGGUACUUGUUCUUCAAGAAAGACUAAGCUUCUGGUGAUAAUGCCCCGAGAACUUCAGUGGGCUUUUAGUCAUUGCCUUUCUUGAGUAUGUCGUUGACUACAAGGUGAUGCCAGGAAUUUUUGUGGAGGUAAGCUUACAGACAGAAUCACUAGACUGCCUAAUGAUCAUUCCUGCAGGAUUUUUGUUAUUCAGCUCUUAUCCCCAUUGUUUCUUUUUAAUGGCCCUGUCCUCAAGAAAAGGACAAGGGGCCAGAAAGAGACUUGCAGGGACAGAAACCACUUCUUCCUUUAUCUGUCCCUAUAAAUCUCUCCUCCCAGUCUGUUAUCACGCAGGUUGCAUUCCAAUCUAGGAAUGUGUUUUACAGUGCUUGGAGUUGGGAGGAUGGAUAUCACGUAUUUGUCCUGUGGAAAAGGGUCAGACUUCCCAAACUAUUCCAGCUAUUGCGAGGUACUCUUUUUUCAGUUGCUAGGCUCGUGUGCUUUUCCAAACUCGUGAGUAAUAUCUGAGUCUGAUCUUUAGCAAUCUCAGUGGAAAAAAAUUUCCCUUUAUGGAACUUAGUUAUGUAAUUUUCCUGCUUUGUCCUCUCUGCUUGUAGCCUAACAACCUGGAACAGAAAAAUAUCUCUUUGCCAUUGCUUUUUAAUUAUGCCAGCGGAACAGACAGCACAUCCUGUGUUUUUACAAUUGACACCUUUCAAGCCCUCUGAAGUUCUGCCUUUAGCUAGACACAUGAUUUAGGUUCUGAGAGAUUUUAGGCAAUUGUUCAACUAGCUGCUUUGCCAUCACUUGUCUCAAACUACCAGUUUUCCAGGAGAUAGGGGAAUCCUCUGUGUCCACCCCCACCUCUUAACCCCUAUCCGUAUUUGCCUUCACUUCAGAGCUAGUUUUGUAUUUUUCAUCAGGGGCUGUUACUUGCAAAACCAUUUUUGGGGCUAAUUUCUGUUUUAAGGAUCUGUCGUUUCCAAGGAACAGAAACGCAAUUCUAACUUUUAAGUAAAGGGGUGUUCUUUUAAAGAAUCUGAUGAAUCCAAAUUGCAGUAGGUUUAGCCAGCUUUGUCACCUCUCCCUCACUGGGUUACAUUAUCUGGAUUCUCCUGCACAGCUACUUCAUUUCCUUUGUAGCCUGGCUUUUCUGUAGAUGUCUUCUUUCCUGCUUCCUUGUAAUUGAGGCUUGCUCGAGGAUUUGGGUGCUGUGGUGCUGCUAACUCUGACCCAACUCUGGCUGCAAUAUCCAGUUGUUGUUUCUUAAUAUUCAAAAUCUGGGAAAAGAAAAUCAUUCUCAACUUGUCAAGUGUCCACCCCUGGGUUAAUUAGCUGUGACUUGAGUGGCAGGAUCUUCAAGAACAAAAGUAUCCACAUGCAGCCAUUCCCUUGGGGAAUGAGGGACACUUCCAACAAAGACUACGUGGACUAGGAAACUGAUUUAGACUGGCUGACCUCUAAAUUUUUCAGUUCUCUAAGAAGUAAAUUUUUUCAGUGGCAUUAACUCUGAAAUUUUUUAAUGAACCUUGAACCCUGGAUAUACCAUCAGAGUGUUUUGGAUAAGAUUUUAGUUUUGGGGUUCUCUUUGAGCAGUUCUCUUUGUUAAGAUUGAUAUUUUGUAACUUUUGUUCUUUGUCAGAUACCCUCCACAGGACAAAGAGAAAAUUUACUUUUUAAAAAUAGAACAAAAUUCAUUAUAACUUGCAGUUGCUCUACAGGUAAAAUGAACUUACAAAUCUAAACUACAUUUUGGUAUCUUAGUGAUUUAGUUUUUUCCUAUAGUUCUUAAAAUAUUUUGCUAUUUCAUCAUCCCAUAAGGUAUUUAAUCAUUACUAAUCAGUUUUUCCAACUAUGCCAAAAAAGACUAAAAGGAAAUACAACAAUAAUAAAAUCACCUAGAAGGCUGAUAUAAUACAGUGAAAACUGUAAGAGCAAGAACUUAACAGGACUGCCUUGAUUUUCCAGGUCUUUCCACCUCUGACAGAGUGCAGUCUUACAUUUUCCUAUUGCUUGCUGGUUUUAGUGGAAAAUACUUAAGCUUUCCUUCUCUGACAGGUUUCCACCUUACGCAGGUUCUGGCUUUCACAGAUUUUACUGUAUUGACACUAUUCAGUCAUCCCUCAGUUUUCAUAUUGCAUUGCUCAAAGUAUUGCAUCAUCUUUUAAGAAGGUAUAAAAAAAGUCUGGAGAUACCAUCUUUGGAGUCUGAUUUAUUAUUUUUUGCUUUCAAUGAACACAGUGGAGAAUUCCGAAUUUUUCAUUUUUGCUCAUAAUGGCAAGUAGAAGAAAAUUGGUAAAGGAAGAUAUUUCACAAUUAUAAAAGGAAUCAGAGAUAGCAAGCACGAAAUGAUGGCAGUGAAAUUGAUCAUUUAAGGAACUCUCAGACCAUGAGUCUUCAAAUGGAUAUCCCAUAUGGGUUUUUUCUAACUCAAGAAUUGAUGAGUGAACCAUAUACUCCUAACGACGAAAAGGAAAUACGGUGUUAUCCAGUUACUCAACAGGAAGGACUUUAUUAUGCCAUUUUUUUCGACAAGGAUAUGAACCAUUUAAUUUUACUAAAUGGUUGUGACAGUAUGCUUUUAUUUUUUAUAACAUCUAUCCACCAAAAUUUACUUGAUAUUGUUCAGAAAUGGACAAAUGCUGAAGAUAGCUAUGUACAUAAAGAUGACUGGAAAGAAAGAAAUGAUGUAGAAAUAAAAAAAAUUGGUCAUUUUAGUUGGUUCUUGUUUAUCUGGAAACCCUGGUGGUGUAGUGGUUAAGAGCUACUGAUGCUAACCAAAAGGUCAGCAGUUCAAAUCCACCAGGUGCUCCUUGGAAACUCUGGGGGGCCAGUUCUACUCUGUCUCAUAGGGUCAUUAUAAGUUGGAAUCCACUUGGUCAAUUUCCAGCACAUACUUCCCCUAGGAAACUUAAGUAGAGAAAAAUGAAUAAAACUGAGAAAAUUCCUGGGAUUACAAAAUGUGCACGUUCUGUUUUUAGCUACCACAUGAUCACUUAAUGCAUUUCUCAAUUCAAUGUAGGUAUUACUUUCUCCUCUUUAGAUGGACUUUCUAGGAUGGUCUUUAUGUACACUGCUAAAAAUCACUAGUAAACAGAAUUUUUUCCAAGUUAUCUUAAAAUUAAAAUUUGGAUAUUGAUAUAAUUUUAGACUAUCAAACAUGGAGCCAAGUUAGUAAUAGAUUUUUGCCAUCCUAGAACUGUGAAAUAAGAGCUCAUUUAAAAAGAGGUAUGAACUAUUUCAAACUUAGCAAAACCCCCACAGAAAAUAAUAUGUCCAACCACCAUGGCCCUCCACUCGGAUUUAACAGCUAUUAACAUUUGCCAUAUUUGCUUCAGGUUUUAAAGAAAUAGGACAAAUACCAAACCAAGCCAAACCCGGUACUGUCAAGCUGAUUCCAACUCAUGGCGACCUCGUGUGUUACCCGGUAGAACUGUUCCACCGGGUUUUCUUGGCUGUAAUCUCUCUAUAGGGUCGCUUUGAGUCGGAAUCGACUGGGUGACAGUGGGUUUUUUUUAAUCUUUACAGAAGCAAAUAAUUAGGCCUUUCUUUCGUGGGAUGGCUGGGUGGAUUCAAACCACCAUCUUUUAAAAUUUACCCCUUUUUCUCUUUCUUCAAGAGGGGACCAUAGUCCUGAAGUUGGUAUGUAUCAUCCUCAGGCAUUUUUAAUGUAUUGCUUAGUUUUUAACGUAUUAGUUACGUUAUACUUGAAACUUGCUACUUUUCACUCAACAAACUUUUUUUUGAGUUUUAACCAUAUUAUUUUAUAUAGAUCUAGUUUAUCUAUUUUACCUGCUUAGUAUUUUCAACUGUAUGAAUAAGCCAGAGUUUAUUUGUUCAUUUCCCAGAUGAGGGCACCUGAGUUGUUUCCGGAAACCCUGGUGGCAUAGUGGUUAACUGCUAUGGCUGCUAGGCAAAAAGCCGACAGUUGGAAUCCUUGGAAACUCUACGGGGCAGUUCUACUCUGUCCCAUAGGGUCCCUAUGGGUUAGGAAUCGACUCGACGGCAGUGGGUUUUUUGGGUUUAAGUUAUUUCCACUCUUUUUAGUUCUUGGGAGGUACCCUGACCUGUGCGCGGUAGCCUCCGGAGUGGGUAGAUAUCCGAGCACAGCGGUUGAGGUGCGUGUAGCUUCCAACCUUGGAAAACAAGCUACCCCCGAGAUUUACUAGCAUGUAAAUUAAAAGAGUGAUGUGAAUUAACAGGUUAUUUAGUUCUUACAGAUAAAACCAGAUAUAUCAAGUGGUAGAUAAAAAAAAGUAUAACCAAGCAUAAAAUGAUGUUCGUUUUUUAACUACAGCAUUUUUUUUUUUCCUGUUUCAUCUCAAUUGAUUUAAACAAUUCGGGCUUAAUAGCCUGGAGAAUAUGCUUUGAAAUUCACUAUGUUGCUAAAGAACUUCAGCCUUCGUGUGGCAGUCUAUUACAUAGCCACUGUUCACCGCCUUUUUUUUUUUUUUCCUGCUCUCAGAAUUCUGACCUCAUUUGCCUUUUCAAUAGAAAGACAAGUGGUGGGUGAACUCUCAUGCUAAUUAACAAAUCUAGAGAAAAAAAUAUGACUAAUGCUUGAACGGUUGUGGCCUCCGACCUUUAUUUACCUUUAUAAGGUAAAAUCUGGAAAAAGGGAAUCAAAAGGGCAUCUUGUUGACCUUACUUAGUUUCUUACCUGAGCCUGUCAGCCCAAUGUUCCAUUGUGAUAAAAAAAGGAAUCAUGGAAAAUUCAUUUAUUCAUUCAACUUAUGUGGAAUAACAAGCACUAUGCUGGGGCUGGGUAUACACUGAUGUGUGAAACAGAAUUUCUGCCCUCAGAGGCCUUAAAGUUAGUGUUACAUCCUCAUGUCUAACACUGAAAACAGUCCCAGUUGCUUCUUUUCAAGAAAGCUAGGGGAAGCUGGAUAUGCCCAAGAAGCAUAAUUAACAUGACUAAGAGAAUACAUAAAUGAAAAUAACCAGAAAAGCUAAAAAUUAUUAAGAGUUUGUGUAUCCAUUAGAUUGCUCUUGUAUGCAAAUUACAGAAAACUACUUAACUGGCUUAAACAAUGAAAGGAUUUAUUAGCACACAUAAAGAGAAGUCCAACGUAGAAGUUAAUUCAGCAGCUCUGUAAUGACACUGAGGGCCCAAGUUCUUCUCAUCUUUCUGCUGUGUCAUCUCUAGGCCAGUUUCUUCAUGGUGACAUGGUGGCUGCAUGCUUCCAGGUGUCACAUACAGAUAAGAUAAUGUAUGAUAGCAGAAGAAGCAGUGUUACUUCCUGUGUCUUUUUAUCAGAUGUCCCCUACAUCAGCUUGUAUCACAGGCUCCUUCCUAACCAAUCACUGGCAAGGAGAAUUAAAUUUCCAUAAUUGGCUUAGGUUAAUUUAAUUCAAAUCCCAAAUAUUCUGUACUUAUAACUGAAAAAACAGUAUAAACAAACCAGUAUAGAGGGCAAGGAUUGAGUAGAGCUUAGGGAUAUAUAGGCACUGAAGUUAAUGGGAAAUUAAUGGGGACAUUAACGGAGAAUUAAAAGGAUUAUACAUCAUGACCAAGUGGGAUUUAUUCCAGGAAUACAAAGGUGGUUCAACAUGAGAAAAGCAAUCAAUGUAAUGUAUUACAUUAAUAAAAUGAAGGAAAAGAACCUCAUGAUGAUCUCAAUUGAUGCAGAAAAAGCAUUUGGUGAAAUCCAACACCCUUUUGUGAUAAAAAAAAAUACUGAACAAGCUAGAAGUAGAAGGGAAAUUGCUCAAUAUAAUAAAGGGUAUUUAUGCAGAACCCAUAGCUAACAUCAUACUCAAUGGAAAAAGACAGAGCUUUCCCCUUAAGAUCAGGAACAAGAAAAGAAUACCCAUUCUCACUACUGCUAUUCAAUAUUGUACUGGAAGUUCUAGCCACAAUAAUCA